AUGUUCGGCACCGUGCGCAUGACAAAAGGCAACGUCGACCAUCGAGGAAUCACGCCACACGUAGUCUUCUCAACGACGCAUACACCCCCAAGUGUGGCCAAGAACCCAGUCAUUACCUGUCACCAACCAGUAACGUGUGGGUUUUGCAGCUCCACGAACCUUUCGUGGGUGUUGCGUUGCUCGUUUUGUGGCUCUGCCAGAAUGAGCGACGCCCCGAGAUUAAAGUAUUUGAUCGACAUGAUACUGAGCAUCGACCCUCGAAUCAAGCCCGACCUUUUAGCGAAGCGGAUUCUUGACUACGCGAAAUUUGACCGUGUGGCUUUAAAAGCCGAGGCCACAUUCAAACAAGCAGGUCUCGUUCGUGCUAAGGCUGCUAUCAUGAUGAUGAACCGCACAGUCUCGACUUUACGAUUCCAGAUCACGCGAAUGGUUUUCUUGGCCUGGAAGAACGCCAAGGCAGCGGGGCUUCGAGAACAGGCGCUCAUCCAGCGAUGCAUCUCUAUCAAACAAGCGCAGACGAAGCGGAAAUGCAGACAAGAUGCCUUCUCAGUCUGGAGAGGCUAUGUCGCUCGAGUCUCGGAUGAACGGAUGCAGCGCUUUCAAGUAGCAUUCAGGAGAAAUGAAUUAACGAAACUGCGGCGAAUUUGGGGGAGUUGGCGAUCAUUUUUGCGUCUUAGGGGCAAGGAGAAGGUCGAGGAAUUGCGUCGUCACUUUGAAGAAGAAUUACGUGACACGCCACUGGAAGCGCAAAAGGAGAUUGAUCGCUUAAAAGAAGUUCAGCAAGAAACGUUAAAAUUGGUCUUCACCGCUGGGGAUUCCAUCUUGGAGCUACUUCAAGUUUCGCUCCGAAAAGCUGAUCACAGUGUCUUAAAAACACUUCAGCUAGUUCAAAUGUACCCGUCGACAGCUGGUGAGUUCUUCGAAACUGCACAUGGAAACGAGCUCCUCGAUGCGUUGAGUAGCGGACAUGCCAUGCCUCAGAUCGACGGCUUUGGGCUUGACGAUGAAAAGGAUGAUGAAACGAUGAAACAACUUUUGGAUAAAACACUGGAAAAAGUCGAACACUCGCCUCCGUCUGAUAGUUUGAUGCAAUGGUUCAACUUCCAACGUCGACGUGGGGCUGAAAUGGGAACAAUUAUCGACUCACCCACUAGAGGAACUUCCGAUGGCAAUGAGAAACCCUCGAGUGCCAAGACGAAAAAUCGUUUGAAAGACAAAAAGAAAGAGUUCAAACCCCUUAAAUAUUUACAGGAUCUCAGAGCAGUCAUAGCGAGUCCAGGUGUCAUGCUCAAGUUACUGUGCCACUCUUCGUUUGAAGCACAAGCAGAGUACGAUCGAAUCCGAAGUACUGAGUUAACCAACACUGCAGCGAAUGUAGCAGCUGAGAAUUCAACGACCGCGACAACGUUGUCGCCUUCUGCCCAAGUCCAGUUGAGAUCCUACUUUAAGAUCGUCCCGAAGAUACUUAACCUGCCACCAGAUAUUGUGACUCGAGACAGCUUUGUACUAAACGACUUCGACUCGCUGUACGCCUACGCAGUGUACCUGUAUCUCUUUCAUCCAAAUUAUGUUGCACCGGGAAUGGAUCUGUCUCCAAGAUAUCAUCUCAGCUACUCGUUUCUCACUCCGCAAUGGCAAAAAGUCAAGACUUCGUUACAAGAGAACGAGUGCGAUCCCUUCGCCCAGCAACAAUUUUACAUUUUUCUAAGCAAACUCAAGCGGAUCAAUCUGCAAUUCUUGCGCUUUAUUGACAUUUGCAAGGCAGUUCGACAUAUUGCCAGUUGGCACGAACGGUGUGUCACUCGAGAAGCGUUUAACGAUUUUUCACGAAGAGUGUUGUGCAAAGAUUCGAAUAUUUCAGUGUCACUCGAGAAAGAAACACUGGCGUCGUGGGUAUCUUUACCAGCGUCAAAACUCCUGUCCAUUUGCGACGGGGAGGACGAAUUCCGCAAAAUUGAGCAAGUGUACAAGGAUAAUGUUCUCGACUUGAUCAAAAUCUUCCGAAUUUAUGGCAGUGCAGCCGGUGGCAAGGGAAUUCUCGAACAGGAAUUCCUCAAAGUCAUGACAAAAGCUGGUGUCACCGACAAGAAGAACAUUUUGAGGUCGCACUUACAGCUGAUCUACCAGCAAUCACGCCAAUCCAACGGAGGCAUCUCGGAUACUUCCAAUACUGGAGUUAGCAUCUCGGGACCAGCAACAGAGGGCGAGGAAGAGGUGGAAGAUCGAGGUGCAACUCCGAACGAGUUUUUCGAAGCGCUAACUCGUGUGGCAUACCACAAUUAUCAAAAACGGCGGGAAUUUAUGGGUCAAAUUGCCACAAUGAUGAAUAUGGGGGACGAGGUUAGUAUGGAGACGAUCAACGGCUCCGGCUCACUGCUCUUGUGUGUGAUGGACCUGGUUGUGGACAAAAUUGUUCCUUUGACGAAGAAAUUCCAGGAACAAGGACUGACGUUCAAGAAGCAAAUGAUUUACCCUGACGUGCAACACGUUUGCAAGGCUCAAGAGAAAAAGCUAAAGCGAAUUUUCAGUUCGUAUUCUCAGAGAAACAAAAAUUCGCAAUCGCGUGGCAAAUUACUCGAUUUAAGCGAUUUUGAAAGUUUGUUGAAAGACAAAAAACUGAUCGAUGCGUUGUUCCCGCACGGGCGAAUAAAGCAACUUGUUGCGUUCGUGCAACAAGACGGAGAAAUCGGGAGUACAGCCACAAGUAUCAACGGAUACGAUGCCGACAGUGAGUUUGUCUUUUCCGAAUUCGUCGAGGCACUCGCGGCAAUUGCCGUUUAUCGCAACGCCAAUCCGUAUCUCCCGUUCGCGAAAAAGCUGGAAACAUUUUUCGAAGAGUACUUCUAG